CGUCUACAUGCGGAGCGGCGCAAUCGCCCGUCCUCUGGCCAUCCUCAGCGCAGUUGCUACCGCCUACGUUGCCUAUCACCAGGACCCCAGCUCCACGCCCUUCAAGCUCAACAUGGCUGCCACCAUUCUGCUCCCCAGCAUCGUGCCAUUCACGCUCGUCUUCAUUGCACCCACGAACAACAAGCUCCUCGCCAAAAAGGACCAGCUUGCGUCGGCGUCGUUAGAUGAUAAGGCUAUCGAGGCGGGCGUUGCGCAGGGCGAGACGGUGAAUGCGCUCCUUGACCGAUGGGCUAUGCUGAACUUGGCGCGCGCGGCGCUCGUAGGUGCUGGGGCAUUGUGUGCUGUGCUCGCUGCGCUGAAUAAGAGGGAGGUGGUUGGGUUCAACACAGUUAGGCUUGCGUCUGGGGCAAACAGGAUGGGCUAAGAAUGCAGCGAGCGUCCCUCACAGCCUCAGCCGGGUGGAUGGUGCGUCGUCUGGGCAUGCGACUUCCUGCUGAUAGAUUGAAGCCUAGCUAGGUUGAAGAUGCGUCGAUACACAACCAAGAGGAGCUCGGAAAGAUAUGCAUUGCUGUCUGGGCCAUCGAAGCGGGUGCUGAUUAUCCGUCUUCGGAUCGGUACACAGGUGCGGCCCGUUGACUGACAGG